UCGGUAAAGAGCACGCAUUCUAUUAAAUUACUCAAAUGGGGGUUUUCAAAGAAAUUUUGGCGCGAUUUCCUCGUGGUGGUCUCUCGUAUGUUUUCGCCUAUGGUAGCGGUGUCAAGCAGCAAGUUGGCUAUGAGAAAAUUUCUAAACAAAAAAAUAACGUAAUUGACCUAAUAUUUUGUGUACGUGAUCCUCUGGGAUGGCAUGCUGAAAAUAUUAAUCGUCAGGAAAGUCACUACUCAAUGCUGCAACUGUUGGGACCUCGUUUUAUCAUGAAUUACCAGGAGCAUUUAGGUGCUAGAGUUUACUUCAAUACGUUAGUGCCUUUGGACGAUAUUAACGUAACGAUUAAGUACGGCAUUGUCUCACGAGAGCAUCUACUGGAUGAUUUAUUGAAUUGGCGAUAUUUGUACCUUGCCGGUCGCCUACAAAAACCUGUGAGCGAAUUGGUACCAACGAAUGGUGACGACGAAUUGAACGAAGCGUUAGCGAAAAACUUAAUGAGCGCGUUUCAAGUAGCGCUACUAUUACUACCGCAACAGUUCACUUCCUAUCAACUAUUCCACACUAUUUCCAGUCUAAGUUAUAAAGGGGAUUUUCGUAUGUUAUUCGGUGAGAAUAAGCAAAAGGUGCGCAAUAUUGUCUUGGCUCAAGAAAAAGAUUUUUUGGAUUUGUAUUAUCCAGUGAUGCAAAAUUUAACUGACUAUGUGGCUGCCGAUUUCAAUGCCAAAGAAAUAGGAACUAAUAAAACCAUAGUGCAGUUUGAACAGGACAAAUCGUUAUUAGCUAGAAUACAUCAUCUGCGCAAUGCACCGAGUGAAUUGCAAAAGCGUAUUGUGCGAAAUUCAGCAUUUAGAGGGGAUUAUAUGAAAAUUGUGCCACACCUGGCGGAAUCUCACAAUCUUCUCGAGCUUGUCCAAACUUCGGUGAAUGACAUAGUGUGGCGCAGCAGCAUUACUCAGUCAAUAAAGAAUAUCCCCAGCGCAGGCCUAUUCAAAUCGCUCAUUUACAGCUAUCGUAAGGCGCUGAAGACCUUUUCUUAGUUGGUCAAAGUAUACAAUACUUAUAUUGGUGGAACUAUGCCAAAGUUAUCAAACUGAAAGUUACUGGCAAUAUUUUGCUUUAAAAGCUCAAGUAUUUAUACAAGCAGUUUCUUCUAAUUUAUAAAAAGUGGUUAUUUCAAGACUUUAUUGUUAAAAGCAUUUAAUAAUUUAAGAUACAUUAGGAUUUCAACAAUGUAAAUCUGCAAACUAAAAAUUGGCUAUGAGAUAUAUUUGUAAAUGCAAAUAUUUGUUAACUAUUUUUUAGCAUUCUUAACUAUUUAGUGCAAUAAAGUGCAUAUAAUUUACAACUG